AUGGCCUUCCUCAUGACGGCGGUGAUCGCCAUCGUCAUCAUGAUGGUGAUGGUCAUGGUGGUGGUGAUGGUCAUCAUGGUGGUGAUGAUGGUCGUCUUCGUGGUGGUGAUGGUCGUCUUCGUGGUGGUGCUUACGAUGAUCUCCAAUCGUGUGCCCAAUCGAAGGUUCUUCGGCCCGGUUUUGAUGGGGGGAAUCUAG